ACACACACACACAUACACACACACUGCAAACUUCUGCCGCAAAACUGACAAUGAGCUGAAGCUCUGACUUUUCGUGUGUGUUCUGGGGUAUUUCUUUACAUUCACUGGCAUAAAUCUGGGUUCAUUUACUUUGUAAGUUUUCACGACUCGCCAGAAGCUUGGCAACUGAAUGGAAAAUAAGAGGCUCGUUUUUCUAUCUUCAGAAAAAGCCUGCUGCUUUUCACUUGAUAGCUCAUCCCAGACCCUUCUGUUUUAACAUUCUCCUGCUCUCUGUGGCAAAAUUUACCACAAAAAAACCAAAAAAGCAAAUGAUAAAAAGACUGUGGUAGAUAAAGAGGAAGGCUGACGGACUGAUACAGAGUGCAUGGCAGUAAAAGGUACGACAACCAAGUGAUGUUUGUGGUGGGAACAUCCUGUGUUGGCUGUCCUCCUGUGACUCAAUCACUCCUUCCUGAAGACGUACCAUGCAGUUUGGAAAGAAGGUAUCUUUUUUAAAAACACACCAGGGAGCAAAAAAGAGGAAAAAACAACCAUGGAUUAUGAAGAUCUGAUCUAUAUUGGCCUGGAGCUGGUGAUCGCCGGCCUGGCAGUGUCUGGGAACGUCCUGGUCUGCUGGGCGGUCUGCCUUAACUCCAACCUGCAGAGCAUCACCAACUUCUUUGUGGUGUCACUGGCACUGGCUGACAUUGCUGUGGGACUCCUGGCUAUUCCUUUUGCCAUCGCUAUUAGCACCGGUUUCUGCGCUGAAUUCCACGGCUGCCUGUUCAUUGCCUGCUUCGUCCUCAUCCUCACUCAGAGCUCCAUCUUCAGCCUCCUGGCUAUUGCUGUGGACCGUUACAUUGCUAUUAAGAACCCACUCAGGUACAACAGUGUGGUUACAACACAGAGAGCACAUGGCAUCAUUGCUUUGUGCUGGGUCCUGUCCAUGGUUAUUGGCCUGACACCGAUGCUGGGCUGGAACACAGGUGGAAACUCCACCAAUGUCACCGACGGCCCCCAGUGUCCUCAGGGCCUGACUGCAUGCCUGUUCGAGAGAGUGGUCACCCUGGAUUACAUGAUCUAUUUUAACUUCUUUGGCUGCGUGUUGCUGCCCCUGGUGGUCAUGCUGGUCAUUUAUGUGAACAUCUUCAUGGUUGCACGACAUCAGCUCCGACUCAUUGGACUCAAAAUCACACACACACGUUCUCCAGGAGAAGUCACAUCGUCAUCUCGUUCAACUUUGCAGAAGGAAGUGCACGCUGCCAAAUCGCUGGCUAUCAUUGUGGGUUUGUUUGCAUUCUGUUGGCUUCCACUGCAUAUCAUCAACUGCUUCAACCACCUGUGCCAGGGAUGUGACCGCCCACAUACCUGGGUGAUGAAUAUUGCUAUUAUCCUUUCACAUGCUAACUCUGUUGUGAAUCCUUUUAUCUAUGCUUACCGCAUUCGAGAGUUCAGACAGACUUUCCACAAGAUCCUGUAUCAGAACAUCCUCAGGCAGAGAGAUGGACAUGGAUUUAGGGGUGGGAGUGGUGACAGUAGAGGCCCCGGUAGCAUCCACCGCACCCCUUCUCACAUCAGUAGAGAGGGCUCAUCAUGUGGCACGGUGGUGAAUAGCUACGUUCUUGACCCCAGUUCUGAAUGUUCUCUGCCAAAAGCUACUCAAGAUGCCUCGAGCCACUGGACAGCAAAGUUAGAAACUACAUCAAGUAGCUACAUACCAAAUGGACACCAAGUACAGGUUGGCUCCUUUCCAAAGAAACAGCAACUGAGCAUCAUGGGAGAGGACACAGUCACAUAUCUGGGAAGGACCACAGAUGUUUUUGAGGUUAAAGACAGAGAAAGUGGCAUCACUUUUGUGAAUGUUCACGCUUUUUCUACAAGACAGGUGGGCCCGGCCCACUCUACAGAGCUAACAGAAAUCUCAUGACAAAAAUGACUUUUGGAUGUAAAAAAAUAUACUCAGAUCAUCUUGAGUUAUAAAUUCAUUCUUCAGAUGUAACAAAAUGAAGAUGUGUUCUGGACUUGAAAAUAACCAUAGGCAGUUAUUUGUGUCAAAGCAUAAGACACACCAAAAUGGCAGCAUAUUUAUCUCUAUCGCUCAUUCUCUCUGAAGUCAAAAAUAAACAAUUUUCUAGUCAAA